AUGGACAUCAUUGGUUCUGCCAAAGAAUCUCUUUUAAGAAUCCUUGUCCAUGGAGACUUCUCUGAGUUCCCAGAUAAUCAAAAUAUGCACUGCACUGCUCGUUUGGCUGAUAUGUUGAGCCGAUUCUCAGAUGAUCUACAAGCAAAGCCUGAGGAAGUUCCAGAGUUCUUGAUGGAUGAGAUCAAGGUUCUUGAGGAAUGCAAAUGCGUUGGAUUGCCCAAUUUCAUCCCGAGAUCAGCAUUUUUGGCUAUCCUCUCGCAACAUGUGGAUGACAUACAAGCCAAGCCGGUCGAGUUCAUCAAGAAGAUUUGGGACUACAUCGAAGUUGUUCUCUCAGGAGUCAUCGCCAAAUACUCUGAAAACUUCCCACAGAUUCAAUCAUCAAUCAAACGAGCUGGUCGAAAUCUCGUCUGCAAGCUUAAGGAACAAUCUGUGAACCGAGUCAUUCAGAUCGUUGAGAUGGAGAAGCUUACCGAUUACACGUGCAACCCUGAGUACAUGAAGUCUUGGACGGAGAAGACAAAUGAACAAGAGAGCUUCAUCGUUGCUGUUUUGAACAAUUCCGACAGCUUCUCUUUGUCUGGAUUCGGGAAUGUGAAGAUUUCGCAUCUGAGAAAGUAUCACGCCCAUUUGCUGCAGCAGGCGUUUGACAUGAAGAUGAGGAUCACUUCCUACUGGACCAUCGUCCUCAGAAGGAUUGUUGAUAACCUUGCCCUGUAUCUUCAGCUAUCAGUGAAGUAUCUAGUGAACAGCCAUUUUCAGAAGGAGAUCGUCGCGGAGAUGGUGGAUCCAAGAGGCGGCGGAGGAAUUGAGAGGAUGCUCGAGGAGUCGCCGUCGGUGGCGAGCAAGAGGGAGAAGCUCAAUAACAGCAUUAAGCUUCUGAAGGAGUCCAAGGACGCUGUUGCCGCCAUUGUUGAUCAGAAUUCUGGGCAAUGGAUCCGUAAUACCCGGAAGCAAAACGGGCACACCAUCCAGGGCUACGAACAGAGGGUAGCUAGAUCACCUAAUCCCUCAGGUGUUUGCUUUGGCUUUUUGGGACAAGGUGUGUCUUCGGCCGCAUCCGCUUCACGCCUUUUGGUUUCUGAGAAUGUGGGUUUUGCGUCAUCAAACUCAAAAGAGAAUGCUUCAUCUAUCAGGAAUCCUGGCCAUUCAGGGCCUUCUGGUUUGUUGGCGUGCCAAGUAGACACUGUAAAGAUACUAGCUAUUCUCACCAACAUAGACCCAGAUGGAGAGCUCACCUGUAAAACCCCUUUGAGCAAAAGCUUUGUGGAAUCGGUGAUAGAUCAUAUCAGGCUUGGCACAAGGAAGGAAUGGGCAAUCCUCCAAGUUCCAGAAGACGAGUGGGUAUGA